UCUGCUCAGAGGGGUUUGCCCGUGAAGGACUGAGCGAAAGCCUCACAGAUGGGAUAACGGAAUUCCACAGAAACAAGUGCAUGCACGUUCUUCAUGGCUGACACGGCAUAACAAACUAGCUUACUUGUAAUGUUUUAACACACGCUACGAGAGACACCACUUGUUUCUUUUUAUUUUUGAGAUUGGUCGCUGCUCAUUCUGGUGGUGCAAGCCGAGAACGCGGGAUAUCUUUAUCCGACCCUAUCGUGUUUGCCUGGACCAAAGGUGCCGGACAAAAUGGAUAACGAAAAGUACCUCCCAGAGCUCUUGGCAGAGAAGGACUCUCUCGACCCGUCAUUUCAACAUGCAUUACGGCUUCUUGACCAAGAAAUCGACAAAGCUCAAAAAGACGAUGGAAAAGAAGACGAGAAGUUCAUCGAUGUCGUUAUCAACAAGAACAUGAAGCUCGGACAGAAAAUCUUGAUACCUGUCAAACAAUUCCCCAAAUUCAACUUUGUGGGCAAACUGCUCGGCCCGCGCGGGAACUCGUUAAAGCGGCUACAGGAAGACACGCUCACAAAGAUGUCAAUCCUCGGCAAAGGCUCCAUGAGAGACAAAGAGAAGGAAGAGGAGCUACGGAAGAGCGGCGAGUCCAAAUACCAGCACCUGAACGAGGACCUGCACGUGCUGAUCGAGGUGUUUGCGCCGCCGGCGGAAGCCUACGCCAGGAUGGGCCAUGCACUGGAGGAGAUCAAGAAGUUCCUCAUCCCUGAUUACAAUGAUGAGAUCAGACAGGCCCAGCUGCAGGAGCUCACGUACCUGAAUGGCGCCUCAGAGGAUGCCAAGGUGCCCGCGGUGAGAGGGAAAGCGACAGCGCGAGCACGAGGGACACCUGCUCCUGGACCUCCCAGGAGUCGAGGCGGAGUGCCCCCACCACAGGCGGCCGUGCCCCGCGGCGUCGCGCCCAGAGGCGCCCACCCGAGCCGAGUGCCAUCCAGCCGAGCGAGAGGAGGGCCCGCGCCGCGGGCACGAGGAGCACCCCCGCCCGCCGGCUACAGACCCCCGCCGCCCAUCGUGCAGGACUCGUACGGGGAGUAUGAGUAUGACGACGGUUAUGGAACAGCCUAUGACGAACAAGGAUACGACACCUAUGACAACAACUACAGCAAUCAAGGACAAAACUCAGACGACUAUUACGAAUACGGACACGGCAUCAGCGGGGAGUCGUAUGAGUCAUACGGCCAGGAAGAAUGGACAACCACCCGCACCAAGGCCCCCCCAGCACGAACCACCAAAGGCGUGUACAGGGAACAACCCUACACCAGAUACUGAACUGUUCCCCCACAACCCCUCCCUUCCAACCUGCAGAGACAGCAUCACGGGUCACCCCCCCCCCCC